GCACAUUUAGUUUCAGCACUGAGGCAGUAAGCUGAAAUUUGUUUGCCGGCCCCGAUGUGUGGAAUCUUUUAAGGAAUAAGGAUCACUGGAUCUACUUGUAACUUAAAUGCGAAUGGAUCACUGGUUUCUUUCAAUGUGUACUCUCCUACGGGUUUUUACCUUUUCAUCUGCGGAAGUAGUCAUUUUAGAAAAACAGCCGACACAAUCUGAAAACUCUCAGUGGCAUCCUUCAAAGCCGCCAACAACAGAAAAUGGACCUUCUGGGUGGAGGACAGACAUACACUACUCGACCUGUGAUGUUUCUCUGGAUGCAUUUCCACAACCAAACAACUGGCUCAGAAGUAAUCCUAUAGAGAUCCAAGGUGGAGUGAAAGUAGUCCACAUUACCAUUAAGUUCAAAAUAAAAAACUGUUCUUCUUAUCCUGACAAUGGAGGAAAAUAUUGCAAAGAGUAUUUCGGCUUAUAUAUGUUUCGUUCUUGGCAAAAAUCUGAACCCAACCCUCUGACAAACAAUGGCUCGUAUGACAAAAUUGCUAAAAUUAGUGCACCAGCCCUUGGCACCAAUAUUACUCAAACAUUUAGAGCAGUGGUUACAGGAAAGUACAUCGUAUUGGCAUUUCACGACGAGGGCUCAUGUAGUGACCUUUUCUCCGUUACCGUUAAAUAUUAUGUUUGCCCAGAAUUAAUUUAUGUUGGUGGCUUAGUCACUUUACCAAGAACAAUGGCCCCAGCAAACGACUCAGAGCCAGUUGUAGGUGGUUGUGUCUCAAAUGCCGUGUCAGAACAAAGUAUUCUAAGUGCAAACUGCCAAAGCGACGGAGUAUGGAACAUCACCUCCCUUACAGGAAGAUGUAUAUGCAUGGAGGACAGGGAAAAUUUAAGAGGAAAAUGCAAAGAUUGUCCAGUUGGAAAAUAUAACGAUCAGACUGGCCUAAAUUGUACAGUUAUACCAUCCUCCCCGAGGGACGUCAAGGUUUCCUUUGUAAACCAAAGUGUAGUUGAGAUAACAUGGCAGCCUCCAGUGGUACAUGGUGAUCAGACUCACGUGUCUUAUGAAGUCGACUGUCGUAUCCAGAAAAUAUGCAGCAUUGACGACUGUUUAUAUGAAGAUUGUGGCAAUGACAUCAAACACAUUCCAAAUACCAAGGACCUGGAAAUAAACCAUCUGACUGUGGCAGGUCUCUCUCCUUUGACGAAUUACACUUUCAAAAUCUUCGCCAAAAACAGAGUAAGCCAGGUGGCCAAACGAAAACACAGAGUUGAAUGGAAUUUUGCAAAACUGACCAUAAGGACUAAAGGAUCAGAAGCUGCCACACCAACUCAAAUCCCGGGAACUGAAGAAGACCCUAAUCCUACAAGACAUCAGAAGACUGUCUACGCAUUGGUUGGAUUGGUUGUUUUGUUAGUACUCUGCAUUUUGGUUUUUGUGUGUUGCAAAUUGUGGAAAAGGAAUGGAUGGUGGCCCAGAAGAUAUGGAAAUAGGGCAACAGAGGGGUUUGACAAUUUUGGGAUGGAAACAAUUCGCGAACUUGACCGUGAAAAAAUGAAAACUAUUAAAGAACUUGGGAGUGGCAACUUUGGUCAAGUUUGCAAGGCAUUUUACGAACCCAGACAAGCUGAGGUUGCAGUGAAAUCACUAAAAGAUGAUGCCACGCCGAAGGACGUGCAAGAUUUUCACUCCGAGUUGAACAUCAUGAAAUCAUUUCAGCCUCAUGCUCAUGUGGUAAAACUAUACGGCUACUGUGUUGAAAAUGUUCCCCACCUAAUAGUUUUAGAGUAUUUGCCAUAUGGUGAUUUGUUGGGGUACCUGCGUAAGAGCAGGGGUAUUGAAGACAUUCAGCACGCAGGAGAAAAAGUACCAAUCUCGGAACUUAGUGAAAAAGAUUUGUUAUCCUUUGCGUGGAUGAUCGCUGAUGGGAUGAAUUAUCUGUCAUCAAUGAAGAUUGUGCAUCGCGACUUAGCAGCUAGAAAUGUGUUAGUGGGUGACAACAAAGUGUGCAAGAUAUCAGAUUUUGGUUUAGCACGUCGUUUGGAGAAAGAUAUUUACACGAGAAAAUGUGAGGCUCUUCUUCCAAUUAAGUGGAUGCCUCCAGAGUCACUUUUCAAGGGAAUAAGUUCAACUAUGAGUGAUGUAUGGUCUUAUGGCAUUGUGAUGUGGGAGGUGUUUACAAUCGGUGAAUCACCAUAUCCAAGGAUAGAUUCUCAACAGGUAAAACAAAAGCUGCAAACUGGAUACCGUAUGCCCAAGCCUGAACAUAUCUCACAAGAACUGUAUUCCAUUAUGACCGACUGUUGGAAAGAUGAUCCCCAAAAGAGGCCAACAUUCCAGUGGCUUUGCUCUGCGAUUAAAAGCCUUCAGAGUGAUCACAAGAUCUAUGUGAACUUGGAAGUUUACGACAGCACGAACUACGUUAGCUUUGAUAUGAUGAUGGACUACGAGUAAUGGAAACUGUUCAAUUUUUACGAAAAAAGCAGAAUAGCGGUUCAGUCCAGCAAGACAAACUUCAUUGAAGACUCAACCUCCCUACUUUGUUCGUAUAUCUCAAGUACUUUGAGUUACCGAAAGAUACUGUAUUCCAAGUAGUGUUUUGCUAUAAGUAGAUUAUUAAUUGCUUUUGGCCCAAUGAAACAUGUCUUAACUGGGUUUAUUAUUUUGAUGCUUUGAAGUACAAAGUCAGACUUACGCUUUAAAAAUGAAAUUAGUAGACAUACGUUGUUAAAGAAAAUAGUGGGAAACGUGGGAUAUAUGAUAAAAUUUGAAAGGUCGCUUGAUUUAUAGCUGGAAGAUCAAUAUUGAGUGCAAGAACAAAC